GACAAAAAUAUUCCCUCAAAUCCUUUCCACUGUUUCCCACCAGCACGAAGCUUCUCCGCCAUUUUCAUACCUAACCAUGGCCGUUCCACCAACUGUGGGCCUAUGGGCCUUCUUCGCUUCGAGCCACCGAUCGCCAUAGCUGUCCUCCUCCUUCUCUCUCAUCCAGUUCUUCGUUCAUUCAAACUACUUUUGAUUUGACCCCACUUUUUGCUUAUCCAAAUCUGCUCCCCUUUUGGCUUUUUCAGUCGCAUUCUGUGAAUUCGUCAAACAUAACGUGAUGGGUUGUUUUUCGUUUCGCCGUUUGGUGAUUUGAAAUUGAAAAUCGAACCGAUUUCUCUAGUCUUUUAUCGAUCUGGCUUGUGUGAUUGCUUUCAUUGACUUGGGGUUUUUUUUUUGCCUAAUGCUGACUGAUAAUUAGAGUGAGACGCUUCUGGGUUGUUUCUUACUCUUUGCUUUAAUGGCGGAUGAUUAUGGAUUCUCUUUGAGUUGAAGAUUGAGGUGAUUCCUUUUUUGCUCGUUCACUUGUUUUUCUGAGAAUUGCUUCUGGGUUCUUGUUAUCUUGGCAAUCGGAUUGAGUGUUUGCUUCUCCUUUCUUGCAUUUGCUUUAAUGGCGGAUGAUUGCUCUGAUGGCGGCUUCCUUCUGGGUGAUUGAUUCUUUCGCUCACUCACUUGUAUUUUUGGCUCUCGGAUUCGUUUUAUUUCAAUCCGAUUCUUUCAGUUUCUUUUCUGCAAUCUGAUCAUCUUCUUCCCCAUUCCAAGUCUCAUAUUGCCGCCAUGAGAGCUGGGAAUGCUUAUUUUCUCAUCCGGGUUCUCUGUGCUCUGUGUUUAUCAUCAUCUUUCUCAUCACAAUUCACUCCUGAUGAUAAUUUUCUGAUCGAUUCUGGAUCGUCCUCAAACAAAACAGUAGGAAAACGCCAAUUCCUUUCUGAUGAUUUGUUCUCUGGUAUUCUUUCAGACCCAAAUAAAACAUAUAUUUCCACUACAAGCAAAGUAUCUAGUUCAUCUCCAUUCUCCUUAUUCUCACCUCUCUUUGAAACCGCAAGAAUAUUUGAAACAACCUCCAAAUACAACUUCAAAUUGAAGAAACAGGGCAGACACUGGAUCCGCCUCUACUUUUACCCUUUUGUUUCUGGAAACUUCAACUUGAGUUUAGCCAAAUUCUCAGUUUCUGCUCAAAAUAUAACUCUUCUCAAAGAGUUUCAGAUCGAAACCGGCUCGGUAAUCAAGGAAUACUCUCUGAAUGUCACUUCCAGUAACCUUGUUCUCACAUUCACUCCCAUGGCGGACUCAUUUGCCUUCAUCAAUGCAUUGGAAGUUGUUUCUGUCCCUGAUGAACUGAUUCCCCUGGAUGCCCCGACUGUUGAGAAACUUGUGGCAAGUUUGGGGAACAGGGCAUUGGAGACUGUUGCUAGAGUGAAUAUGGGGAACGAAACGGUGUUUCCAAGUGACGAUACUCUCUCACGCCUUUGGGUUGCAGAUGGUCCGUUCUUGACUCAUAAUGAUCGGGCUAUUGUCGGGAAGUUUGUGUCGAAUAUCACGAGAGUGAAUAUGACUGCAGGCUCUGAACUUAAGGCUCCUCGUUCUGUCUAUGGGACCGCGACUCAAUUAGAUCCUGAGGUGAUGGAUUUGAAUGUUAAUGUUAAUAUAACAUGGUCUUUUGACGUCGAUCCGGGGUAUGAAUAUUUGAUCCGUUUUCAUUUCUGUGAUAUUAUAAGCCCUUCUCUUGGAUCGUUGUUCUUCAAUGUUUAUGUGAACUCAUGGAAGGUUAAAGAUCAUUUUGACCUUAGUAAUCUCACUUCAAGCAUCCUAGGUGCACCCUAUGUCUUGGACACCAUAGCCAGUCCAACUGAAAGCUCUAAGUUCAAAAUAAGUGUUGGCUCUUCGACUUAUCAGCAUACCUUAUCGAGUGCCAUUCUUAACGGGCUCGAGAUCAUUAAAAUCAGCGAUUCUCGGGGUAGCCUUAAUGAACCCCCCCUUGAUUUACACUCAAAGAGAGGUUCCAAAAUGAAAGUUGGUCUUAUAGCAGGCUUGGUUGCUGGGCUGUUUGUUGCUACUGCUGUUUCAGCCACUCUUGUCAUAUUGUUGUGUAGAAGAAGAAGGAGAUCCAUGAUCCUUGGUCACUUGAAGGAAGAGGACAACUUUGGUGUGAAUGGAAAAGAAAGCAACUAUAAUAUUGGAUCUACCGCCUUUUCGAAUUCGAAAAUCGGUUAUCGAUAUCCUCUCGCAGCAAUUCAGGAAGCUACAGAUUAUUUUAGUGAAAGUUUAGCCAUUGGUGUUGGUGGGUUUGGGAAAGUUUACAAGGGAAUGUUGAGGGACAACACGGAAGUGGCAGUGAAACGAGGGGCAUCGAAAUCUCAGCAGGGUCUUGCUGAGUUCCGAACCGAAAUCGAGAUGCUAUCCCAGUUCCGCCACCGUCAUUUGGUGUCUCUGAUCGGGUACUGCGACGAGCAAAAUGAGAUGAUCAUAAUUUACGAAUACAUGGAAAAAGGGACUCUCAAGGACCAUUUGUAUGGAUCUGAACUUCCAAGUUUAUGCUGGAAACAAAGGCUUGAGAUUUGCAUCGGCUCAGCCAGGGGGCUUCACUAUCUUCACACUGGCUCUGCAAAGGCAAUCAUUCACAGAGACGUCAAAACUGCAAACAUUCUUCUAGAUCAAAACUACAUGGCCAAAGUUGCAGACUUCGGACUCUCGAAGAUCGGCCCCGAGUUCGACAAGACCCACGUCAGUACAGCAGUUAAAGGAAGCUUCGGCUAUCUUGAUCCCGAGUAUCUAACAACGCAACAACUGACUGAGAAAUCCGACAUCUACUCCUUCGGCGUGGUUAUGUUCGAAAUCCUUUGUGGUAGGCCUGUCAUUGAUCCAUCCCUCCCAAGGGAAAAGGUGAAUUUAAUCGAAUGGGUAAUGAGGAGGAAGGAUAGAGAUCAACUAGAGGCGAUAGUCGAUACUCGUAUUGUCGAGCAAAUCAAGCUGGAUUCUCUAAGGAAAUACGUCGAGACUGCUGAAAAAUGCUUGUCAGAAUGCGGUAUGGAUCGACCGACGAUGGGAAACAUCCUGUGGAAUCUUGAGUGUGCCCUUCAACUCCAAGGGGAUGGAAGAUCUCACCAUGCUAAGGAAUCAUCUUCACAAGCUGAUCUUGGCAACCACUGGGAGUCGAGCGUAUCGACUACUCAAUUCAACACGGGAAGCGCAGUCGAUAUCGCCGGGAUUUCAAUGAGUAAGGUAUUUGCUCAAAUGGUGAGGGAAGAUAUGAGAUAGGCUAAAGAGCCACAGAAAAGCACUCUUCUUUUUGUAUGUUUGCUUUAGAAGAAGGCACACAAAUCAGUAGAUUUUGUAUAAAAGUGAUGAAGUUCAACCCUGUGAUAUUAUAUGUAUUGUAUUAUGGUGCAUCUCAUAUUGUUUUAGGUGUGCCUCUGGAUUUAAUUUUAUACAUACUUCGUAAAAACAGUGAAAAUAUUGAAUUUGUGCA